AACUUGAAAAUUACGUACCUUCGAAGGUGUAUCUGAUAACCAAUCACGUGGAGUAGGAGAUAAAGUAAAUUACAUUAAAAUAUCAAAAUACGAACUCCAAUUUCACAUUUGUAUGAUUAUAAAACUAGCAGUUUUUUCUUAAUUAUAUUCUCGUUCAAGAUUUGGAUGUUAUACUUUCGUAUGUAUAGAUAAAAUUUUCAUUCGUAACAACGGUGUUCGACAUUAAUGAUUUUAAUACCUUUCUCUUACACGCUUCGAAAUAUAUUAAUAUGUUACUUAAGUUGGAAAUUUAAAUUUCAAAGUGGCAUUCAGAAAUGGAUAUAAAGUAACAUUUUCAUUGAAUUCGUUCGCUAGUAUUUUCUAGUUUAUGGAAUUUGUAUGUUGGUAGACCUUUUACAUGUUGACGCCCAAACCUUGAAUCUUGAAUACACUAACAAAAUCAUGACCAUAUUGGAAUCCUGCUGGUCACCAUUUGUUUGGACCAAUAACAUCAAGACAGGAUGCAAAGCUAUUGCUUUUUAUACAAUUGCAAUUAGUAUAAUAUGCAUUACAUUGGUAUGUUAUCAAUUAAAUGGAGGAGAUUCAUCUCAAUUGUAUAAUCCUCUGUUUGAGGCUGAUAUUAGAGGAUCAAUGCAAAUUGGUGGAGGAUUUAUGAUCUUUUAUUUUGCUCUCUUGAUAAUAUCAAGCGGUUUGAUGAUGCAUGGAUUAAGAGAAGGAAUAAGGGGAUGGUUACUUCCCUGGCUUAUAUUAUGGUUCAUUGUAUGUUUAUUCCAAUUAGUUUUUGGACUUUGGCUUGUAGGAGGUUAUUACAUCUAUCUUGAUGCAACAUUUGCAGCGAUGUGUAUUUGGUUCUGGAUGUCCUAUAACAUAUACUGUUGGUUAGUUGUGUUGUCAAUGUACAAAAUAUUUGAAGAAUUACAAUCUCCGAAUAUAGAACUUUUGUGGCCUUAAGUAGGUACAUAAUACUAACUAUAAGAUAUCAAGUACAUUGAUUGGCACCAAAGUAAGAUACAGUGUCUUGGGAGAUACAGAUAUUAUCUUCUACUUUUGUACAUUUUCUUCAAACGAAAUGUUUAUUUAGAGAAUUAAUAUUAUUUAAAAGAUAAUUUACAUCAAACAAAAGCUUGUGUUCAACUCGGUUAUGAUUAUUUAUUUUGACGUAUCUAAUAUUAAAUAUUAUAAACACAUAAGUAAUAUACUCACGUGUCAGUAAUGUACAAUUAGUUUGAAGCUUAGAACUUUUUACAUUUUAACAAAAAGAC